CGGACAAACAAAGACACACAGUGGGAGGAUGCAGUGUUAGCAACCUGACCACUUACAACUAAUAAAUCACCCCUAACUUUUGGUGAAAAUGAAAUUGUAUUGUCUAUCUGGUCAUCCUACAUUGCCUUGCAAUGUUCUCAAAUUCAAAUCCACCACGAUCAUGCUGGACUGUGGGCUGGACACCACAUCUGUCCUGAACUUCCUGCCUCUUCCUCUCGUUCACAGCCCCAGACUCUCCAAGCUGCCUGGUUGGGUCUCUAAGGAUGGGACGGUAAACUUAGAAAAGGAGCUGAAAGAGUGUGCAGGAAGAGUGUUUGUGGACUCACAGCCGGAGUUCUGUCUCCCUGAGAGAGAACUGCUGGAUCUAUCUACUGUUGAUGUCAUCCUGAUCUCCAACUAUCACUGCAUGAUGGCCUUACCGUACAUUACUGAACGCACCGGCUUCACAGGGACAGUGUACGCCACAGAACCCACCCUGCAGAUCGGCAGACUGUUGAUGGAGGAGUUGGUGAACUUCAUGGAAAGAGUUCCCAAGGCCCAGUCUGCCACCUGCUGGAAAAAUAAGGAAAUACAAAGGAUGCUGCCUGGUCCACUAAAGGAUGCAGUAGAAGUGUGGACAUGGAAGCGAAGCUACAGCAUGCAGGAAGUCAACUCUGCACUGAGCAAAGUGCAGCUUGUGGGUUAUUCACAGAAAGUGGAGUUGUUUGGAGCUGUACAGGUCUCCCCCUUAAGCUCUGGUUACUCACUGGGCAGCUCCAACUGGAUCAUCCAGUCUCAUCAUGAGAAAGUGUCUUACGUGUCGGGUUCAUCCCUCCUCACCACACAUCCACAACCAAUGGACCAAAGCUCCCUGAAGAACAGCGAUGUUUUGAUUCUGACAGGCCUCACACAGAUGCCCACAGCCAACCCAGACGGCAUGCUGGGAGAAUUCUGCAGCAACCUAGCCAUGACAAUUCGAGCAGGAGGCAACGUGCUCGUGCCAUGCUACUCCUCAGGGGUGAUAUAUGACCUGCUGGAGUGUCUGUACCAGUUCAUCGAUAGCGCCAACCUGGGCACCACACCGUUCUACUUCAUCUCACCUGUCGCAAACAGCUCGCUGGAGUUCUCUCAGAUCUUUGCUGAGUGGCUUUGCCACAACAAGCAAUCCAAGGUUUAUCUUCCAGAGCCUCCGUUCCCUCAUGCAGAGUUGAUCCAAACCAACAAGCUGAAGCACUACCCCAGCAUUCACGGAGACUUCAGCACUGACUUCAGACAGCCGUGUGUGGUUUUCACUGGGCACCCGUCUCUUCGCUUCGGGGACGUGGUUCACUUCAUGGAGCUGUGGGGAAAAUCCGGCCUCAACACCAUCAUCUUCACUGAGCCAGACUUUUCCUACCUGGAUGCCUUGGCUCCGUAUCAGCCGCUGGCUAUGAAGUGUGUCUACUGUCCCAUUGACACGCGGCUCAACUUCCACCAAGUCUCAAAGCUGCUCAAAGAAGUCCAGCCCCUCCAUGUGGUGUGUCCAGAGCAGUACACUCAGCCCCCACUGACCCAGUCCCACCGCUCAGAUCUGAUGCUGGAGCUGCAGCCUCCUCCUAUGCCCUACAGACGCUGCUCUGUGCUCAACCUGCCUUUCAGACGCCGCUAUGAACGUGUCUACAUACUGCCUGAGCUGGCCAACUCCCUGGUGCCAUCAGAGAUCAAACCUGGCAUCUCCCUGGCAACUGUGUCUGCCGUGUUGCACUCCAAAGACAACAAACACACACUGCAGUCGGUGCCCAAACCCCCUCCAGUGGCCCCGAGCAAGAAGAGGAAGCGGGUCAUCGAAGAGCCUCCCGUUGUUCUGGCCCCGAAACCUCUGCUGAGUGGAGCUGUGCCGCUGGACGCUUUCCUCUCCACGUUGCAGAAGCAUGGUAUUACAGAGGUUAAGGUGGAGGAGACAGCAGACGGACACAUUCUCCACCUUCAGGCGGAGGACACGCUGAUUCAGCUUGAGGAGGACGGGACACACAUCGUCUGUGACAACAACGAGCCGCUGCGCACAACACUGCGAGACUUGGUGCUCCGCUUCCUGCAGAAACUCUGACCUGAAUCCCCGUCAUACCUCGUUGUUAGUUGUUUUUUUAAAUAUCUGUUUAUUGAACUGCCAGACGGUGUUAGCGGCAGAGGAUGUGAGGAACGACGACUGGACUGUCUACAACUCAGCCGUAUCUAACACUGUGAAACAUUUACAGUAGUGUUACUGUUGUAAAAUAUUUUGUAUUAAAAGAUUUCAUCCA